UAGUAAGAGGUUAUAAAGGUGGGAUCAAUCCCAGCAGAAAAGUGUCACCUGAAAGAUGUUGGGUCUUGUUUAGAAGCCAGAUUGCCUUCACUUACGAUACCAUUCCUCUGUUAAGAUGUUCCUGAAUGUGCUGUGGACGAUUGCCGUUCUUGCUGCACUUGUCAGUUCCACGGAGCUCGAGGAGACAUGCAUACGUGGAGAAUGUCGGGAUUUCUUCGGUCGGUGUCUGAGCGUCAACCGGACCAAUCAGGUGUGUCGAGAUAUCGACGGAUUGUGUCGGAGUGACGGAGAACGCUGGGAUUACAUUAACUGUUUGACUCUGGAAUGUCGGAGCCACAGGAUAAUUGUCGUCAGUCGUAAAUGUCAUAGUGCUGGAGAGUGUUUGAUCAUGUCCACAGAAAACCAGUUGUGUCGGGACCACUUUGGAAACUGUCGGAGACCCGGAAGUCGAUGGAAGUACAAAUGUCACGAAUUGACGUGUCGGCGAAACAAGGCUUCAAUUGUUAAUGCCAAAUGUUGUGUCCGAGAUUCAAAAGGUUGUAUCAAGCCACUUGAAUGCCGCUCCCCUGGAGAAAUCUGGACAGUUCCAGGGAAGGGAACGCCCCAGACAUGCGCAGUGACCAAGAACAAGAAAGGGCGUCUCCAUUUCCGCUACAUCACACCGCCAUACUGAAGACAUUCCUGGAAACAAUUUUAAAACUAUUCAACAAUAAAAAAAAAAAAGUGUUGUACAAA